AUGCCCCUAGCAAACCUCAUACCAGACAACACGAACCACCGUACGACACAAAAGGACGAGACUCCGACAACGAAACACCUAACCACACAAGGACGGACCACAAACCGCCAAGACACCAGGAGCUAUGACAACACAAAGAAACCUCUGAAUAACCGUGAGUGACACAACACCAAAAGUGCUGGGGGAGAAGGGGAGACAAGAAUGUGAAAAACCUUCCUCCUCUCUCUCUCACCACUACCCACACAAACCCCCGACAGGGGACCACAGUACACGAACCCCUCCCCAUAGGCACCACACACACCCACCAACACCACCUGGCAAUCCUGUAGUAAGACCAGGCUAUACUAACACACGCUAUGUACCCCCCUCCACCUCUCCCCUCCGGUAGACAUCCGGACCCCCAUACCCCCACCCAACUCACCACAACCCCACCCCAAGAACAACCCUACCCAAAGGACAGAAGUCCUCGGGCCCUCCGCACUGUGA